CGCAUCAAGGUGUUCUUCUCUCCAUCGUGGCAGUGCCUCUACAUUCCUUUCGCAUCAAUUGUAUUGAAAGCAUUCAAGCAAUUUUUUUACGCACACUCCUUUUUUUCCUGGUUCAGACCGCGUUGACCGCGAAGUCUCUCGUUCGAUUGCUAUCCCCCAAAAAAGAUCUUAUCUUGAUCCCGCACUCCCAAGUCCAAUUCUCCCAAAGAAGCCCUUGUUUGAUAUAAACAAAUUCCCGAACCCGACACAAUGAAGACAUCUCAGCUUUUGACCUUGGCAGUUGCCACUUUCGGUCUCACGACAGGAGCCGUCGCUCAGCGAAACCGCGGUGGAAACAAUGGCAACAAUGGCGGGAACGCUGGAGCCGCCGCCUCGACAACUACCGCCGAUGCCGCGGCUUCUACCACUGCUGCUGCCGGAGGUAACAAUGGCAAUACCGGCAACAACAAUGCUGCUGGUGGCAACACCGGUAACAAUGGCGGUGACAACCCGCUUCUCUUGCUGUCGUCCAACGUCCAAGCCGCCAGCGACUUCAUCGGCAAUGCGGCAGCUGGUCAGGCGAACUCUGAUACUGACCCAGCCAAUUUCAUCAACUUUUGCACAGGCAAGACCACGACCAAUGGAACUCAGAACACCUCGGGCUCGUGUAACGGUGUGGUCAUGGGUGACAUUCCGUCCAACAACAACAUGGUCUCUGCUAUUGUUCUCUUCCCCGGACCCGGCGACGACUUGACCCCCAACCAGUCCUUCAACAUUCAAGUCCAGCUCACCAACUUGGUCGCCGGUUCCUUCACUGAUCCCCUCACCACGUACUACGCUGCUCCUCAACAGCUGGAAGGCGGCAACAUCGUUGGCCACUGCCACGUCACUGUUCAGGAUCUCGGCAACACUCUCGCUCCCACCACUCCCCCGGACCCGAAGACCUUUGCAUUCUUCAAGGGUAUCGAUGACGCUGGCAAUGGAAAAGGCCUUCUCCAGGCUACCGUCACCAAUGGUCUCCCUGCCGGAUUCUACCGUGUCUGCACCUUGAACAGCGCAUCCAACCACCAGCCUGUCCUCAUGCCUGUCGCUCAACGAGGUGGUCAAGAUGAUUGCCAGAAGUUCACUGUCGGCCAAGGUACCGGAAACGCUGGUGGCAACGCUGGUGGCGCUGCUGGUGGCAAUGGUGGCAACAACGCAGCCGCCUCUUCUACAACUGCUGCAGCUGCCGCGACCAGCAGCGCUGCUGCGGGCGGCAACAACGGAAAUGCCGGCGGAAAUGGUUCAGGCAACGGUAACGGCAACGGCAACGGCAACGGCUCUGGAAACGGCUCUGGAAACGGCGCUGCUGCCACUACCACAGCCGCUGCUUCUACUCAAACCGGCACUACCGGCACCACUGGCUCGAACUCGACGACUGGAGGAAACACCGGUUCCGGCCGCGGAGGAAGAUUUGGCGGUGGCCGAGGCCGCUACGGCCGUGGCCGUGGACGAUUUGCUGCCCGAGACCUCAUUGCAUGAUUCUUGACUCGAUCAACAUCUGUGAUGACACCCGAAAAACACGAGACCAGAAAAGGGGACAGGUUUGAAUGUCAACCGUCCCCACAUGAUGCAGCAUUUUAUCUCUUUACUUUCUUUCUAUGUCAUAGAGUGUAUAACCAGAAUCAGUCUUUCUGCUUUGGAGGAAGUCAGUCGCCAGGAAUUGAGCAAGUGUGUUGUUUGGCGGGACACGACGAAGAAGCAGCAGAGCAGGGAGGAGCAAAAAAGUCGUCGAGUGCCAAACGACAAUGGAAACUCUGAUUUGGAGGCGGGCGUGCGGGAUCGAGCAAGACCCCCGCCACAGAAAAACAGCCGUGUGUGCAUUUGUGGAUAGCGGACUAGCUAGCAAGCUGAAUUGAAUCGAGAGACUCGGACCAGAA